AUGCCCAGUGUCAAUGGAGAGGAUGAAGCAACGGCUAGACCUAUUGGUGUGAAGGCAUCCAAGGCGAAGGCUAAAAGGUCAGUGGGAGAAGAAGGCAAGAAUCUGCAAAAUUUUCAGCAAAUGUUGGAGUUAAAGGCGAAGGACAUAGCAUCAAAGGAGAAGCUUAGCCAGACCAAACUGCUUGACAAACUCCUUGCAAAAACAGAGCCGCUUAGUGAUUUAGAAGUGGCGCUUAAGAACAAACUGAUUAAGGAUAUGGGAUCAAGUCACACACAGCCAGAAAUGGAACCAAGAAAACGGAUUGUUUGUGGCCUCUCAGCAAGAGGAAUCAUACCGUCUCUCUCAGAAGAAGAUAGAGAUGAUGAUGUUGUGCCUCUCCCACAAGAAGAUACAGUCGAAGUGGUGGAGAUAUCAGAUGAAGAAGAAGAAGAAGAUAUGGUGGAGUUAUCAAGAGAAGAAUACAUGAGCAAUAUGGGAUACUUGAUUAAGGUGGAGGAAUCAGAAGAUGACAUUGAACCUGAGUUCAGAAGGAUGCUUGAAAGGAUGAAGGAGGAAGAGAAGAAGCUGAGAGAGGAGAAGUUCAAGGUGUUGAAUUCGGGAAUCAAGCUAGAGAAAGGACAAUCCUCUAAGGGUGAUGGUAACAAGAGGAAGCGAAGAAGGUGA